AUGUCUACUGGUAUCCAAGCCGUCCCUCAGUACACUCCCGCCACUUUUAUCCUACCUACCCAUCGAGAACCCGUAUCGCCUUCGCAGCUCAGCCAUGCGCAUCAAAACUCCGAACGAUCGUCUGGGUCGACGCAGCGACUGCAACCAUCAACCGACCCACACGGCGCCACUCUGAGCAAUUCACUAAGUCUUCAACAGCCAUCUUCUGUCCCGGUCCCGACAGCUUCUUCGGCUAUGAGCGACCUCCAAUCGCAGUCGCUGCCACGCACCACCCAUGCAUCUCCAGCCUUCACCUCAGCGGUGCCUUCGUCGGCCCAAAGCGGGAACAGAUCGCCCAUGUAUCCUGACCUUCUAGGUGAACCGCCCGUCCCACCGCCAAGAACUUCUUCGACCCAUCGAAGCCAUCGCGGUUCGACCGAGAAAGUAUCAAAUUCCCGCCAUGGAAAGAAUAGGAGCGAUGAACGAAGCGCUAACCACCGUGAGAGGAGAGGUGACGACUCCCGUACGCGCCGGCAAGCUGUGAAACCGUCCGACGACCCGCCAACAGGAGUGGAUGGGGCAAGUGCCCGGGAUCAGGCUGCUUCAUCUUUCGACGCACCCUCGCACUCGGGGGAACGCAUGGAGGCGUUUCCUGGGCAGGGGACCCUAGUUAAGGAGUCGAGUACCGUGAUCAACCAAGUGUUAGUGAGUGACCCUUCGGUAGAUAUCGAGCGGGAACAAGUCCGACAGGCAGGCACGUCGGUAUCACCUCCAGUCGAGAGCAUGCCUUCGUCAGGGCUUGGUCUGGUUGGCAGUGACGGUGUGGAUGAUGGAGGUCGCGGCGGGCUGCGGAGCCGACAUGACUACACCGAAAAUACCGUCAAGCGCAAAGAAACAACUUUUGGUCAGUAUAUUCUGGGACAAACGCUCGGGGAGGGUGAAUUUGGGAAGGUCAAAUUAGGGUGGAAACGAGACGGCAGCAUUCAAGUCGCUAUCAAACUCAUCCGGAGAGAGACCCUGGGAUCGAAUCCUAGCCGGUUACCCAAGAUCUAUCGGGAGAUCUCAAUCUUGCGAGAUCUUUCUCAUCCGAACAUUGUUCGGCUACAUGAAAUGGUGGAGACGGACCGGCACAUUGGUAUAAUAAUGGAAUACGCAUCUGGCGGUGAGCUCUUCGACCAUAUUUUGAAUAAUCGAUACCUUAAAGACAAUGCUGCCCGGCGACUAUUUGCACAACUUGUCUCCGGCGUCGGUUACCUCCACAGAAAAGGUAUCGUUCACCGCGACCUGAAGCUCGAAAACUUACUUUUGGACCGGAAUCGCAACAUCAUAAUCACCGAUUUCGGCUUUGCGAAUACGUUUGAUCCGUUGGAUGAAUUGAGUGAUGAGAUUGAAUACAACCUCACGAACAAGGAUUUUGUGAAAAGGAUGCGCCUUGACAAGACUAAUGCUAAGGGCUUACGUCCAGGCGACCUGAUGCAAACAAGUUGCGGCAGUCCAUGUUAUGCUGCCCCCGAGCUGGUAGUCAGCGAUUCGCUGUAUACAGGGCGAAAAGUUGAUGUCUGGAGCUGUGGCGUUAUUCUUUAUGCCAUGCUGGCCGGCUAUUUGCCCUUUGACGAUGAUCCAGCAAAUCCUGACGGCGACAACAUCAACCUGCUUUAUAAGUACAUCGUUACGACUCCGCUGACGUUUCCUGAAUAUGUCACUCCACAUGCGCGUGAUCUUCUGAGACGGAUAUUAGUGCCGGACCCGCGAAAAAGAGCGGAUCUUUUCGAGGUUGCACGGCACAGCUGGCUCAGCGAGUAUUCUCAUAUUGUGUCGCAUAUCACCAGUAGCACGACAAAGGUUACCAAUGUCGCAGCAAAGACGGUUCCCCUUGGUACCAGUCCCUUAAUGAGUGCCUCCGGCUUCAUUGCUGACCUAGUUUUUACAGAAACUCGCAAAGAAGCCCCAUCGCUUGCACGAAGUGCGUCGGUUAGAGAGCCUCCCAAAACCUCUUACCAAACUUCAAUCCCUUCACUGGGAGGACUUGUUCAUCAUUCCGGGGAUGUCUCUCAAGAACAAGCUACGGACAAGUCUAAGACCUCUCGGGACACUAAGAGGCGUACAGUUCAGGUUGAAUACGUUGCUCCUCAAUCUCAGACAACAAGAGGCGAAACGCCUGCCGAGCUUGACGCAACUAUCGCAAGCUCGUCAGGAGUCGUGGAAGCUCCCGCCACUAGGGCUAGGUCAAACAGCGUAUCUGAGAACAACAUGUUCGCGCAAGAGGCACCAGCAGUCUCAAACCUACAGACAGAAGAUUCCAAGGCAUCUGGGGCAGCACCACCAGUAGCACAUCUUCCUCGCUCGACUUCGGACACGACGGCGCUCACGGGGACAUCGGCUAUGCUUCCUCCCCAUGCCACCCGACCAGCCACUGGUGCCUCUAUGGCCUCGUUCAAAACCGGACGUUUGCCAUCACGGGGUUCUUACGGACAACCUGUAGCGCCGACUGUGGCGGCGACCAAUGCUCAAGGUCGGUUGGCGCAACCAAAGAGCAAGCAGUACGUGAUUUCGGCGCCUAUCCCUCAGGACCAUUCCCAACAGAACUCUCUGUCAAUUGGCCGUCCAAGUACUCAGCAGCUGCCGCCAAAAUUCAACACGACACCUCGUCAAGAAGCUCCCAAGGGUCACAAGAGGUCAAAUACUGUCUCUAGUAUAGGAGAGAAGUUGUUCGGACGGUCUGGCUCAAUUUUUGGUGGGCGUGGAAACCAGGCGGUUGGUUCGCGUCAGAAAAGCGGCAAGCGCUAUCCUCCCACCAGCAUGCGAGAUCCGUAUGCAGGAGACGAUGGUAGGGCGUCCGUGGAUUCGCGCCGCUCAAUCCAGUAUGGCUACAACCGGAAGAUGAGCGAGAUGGGUGGUGAGAGCAGGCCGCGUCGGUUCUCUCUUUUGCCGCCGUCCUUUUCCUUGAAAGGGUUUUCGUCGUCAAGUCGGUCGCAAACCCCAGACGAUGAGUCGCAAGCCGAUCGGUCUUCCGACAACCGGGUGCAGCCAAACUCAUCGGCGGGGGCAAUACGGCCUCGUGCACGUGCUACGAGUUACGGCACGCAAGACGCAAUAGGAAUAAUGCCAGACGGUGGUCCCGGAGACGAGGUCAUCAUGCAAGAUGACCCCGUCAAUUACCAGACUCACAUUGAUCAGCAGUUCGCAGUGCUUCAUGGCAACCACUCCGGUACCCAGCAACCGACAUCUUACAGCGCAUCGGCCGAGCAGGUGUAUCCGAACGACAACGACCACUACUACCGGAAUCAAUAUGCCAACCGUUCGGCACCUAACUACUACGAUGAGUACAGUGGUGCGUAUGAAAACCCCUCUCGCCAGUCGGUACAAGUUGGCCGGCCGGCAAGAGGAGCGGGUGUGCUGCAGAAGAAUCAUAGGAAAUUUGCAGAUGCCUACGAGUCCGAACGGGAUCUGUCACACCAUCCCGGCAGCUCUGGUGCUGCCAGAAAGGUUAUGGACUUUUUCCGUCGUCGGGCCAAAUCAAGGGCGGGAGAUGAUCGGUAG